UAUUCUUAUGGAGAAGCUGGAUCAAUAUGAAGAUGGUUAUAGAGAAGCGGCUAAGUCCAUACAGGAGAGUGCAAUCACAAGCAUCACAUCAAUUGCUGGCAGCCACACCGGGGCAACCGCGGACGCUGAGAAUGUUAUUGGUUUCCCGUCCGUGCGUGGCGGUCCAGGUCGACAGUCAGUUGGUGAAAGUGGAGCGCCGGCGUCGCCAAGCGCGAUGAAUGGGCCGGGUCGAAAGGGCGGAAAGGGUUCACUGGAUGAGCUCCGCACGCCUAUGCAUGGUAUGGGCACAACACCCGGCGGUGGUGGUGGUGGCGGCGGUAAGAAGGGAUCUAAGCACUCACCGGGGUCCGGUGCUGCCGGCUCGCCCCAGGUCACGUCCUCGGGCAAAUCAGGAGCGGGUGGUAGCCAGAGCAAGCCCAAGCCAGACCCCAACGCUCCCAAGAAGCCAAGCAACGCCUUCUUCAUGUACAGUCAGAUUCAGCGCACUGCUAUUCAAGAAGAGUACCACGCCAGUGCAGUGACUGGCCACCAUGAGCUCACCAAGUUGAUUGCAAAGAAAUGGAACGAACUGCCCACUGAUGAGAAGAAGGUGUACUACGACAUGUACGAGAAGGACAAGGAGCGAUAUGCCACUGAGCUGCGCUCCUAUCAGCUGACAGGCUCCGUACCUUCCAGUAGCAGCACCACACCUCACGAGGGCAACACUACUGGGAAAGGAGCAGCCUCGUCCAGCAGCAAGUCCGCCAAGAAGUCUUUGUCGUCAGCCCUCGCCAGCGGCACCCCUCUCAAAAUGUCCAUGACCUCGUCGUCCGGCGACGGGGGAAGUCCCCUGCUGAGCAGCAUUGCGUCAUCGGUCGCGUCGUCAAUUACCUCACCGCCGCCGCUGGCCCCGUCCAUCCGGGAACCGCCGCUGGAGCUGGGAUCGUCUUCACCACCGCCGGCCAUGCCGCUCUUUGACGACGACAACAUUGGUGUGGGUCUGGGCAGCACGGCGGCCGCGCUAGUCGACUCUAGCUCUCCGCUCAUGGAGUACACGCCACCGGAUGUCCUGGUCAGCGCCGGUGCACCGUCGGAGAUGAGCUUUGACGAGCCUACAUGCACGCCACCGCCACCACUGCCACUGCCGCGUCACAUCAAACUGCACAAGGGCAUGGGUGUUGUUGCCGGCGGCGGCGACGAUGACGACCACCACGACGUAGAUCCCACCAGUGACGCGGAGGCGAGCGACGUCGGCCUGGCUGGAUCGCUGGAUGACACGCUGGGUGCCGCGCCACGCCAUCACCACCCGGUGUCCGCAGGCAGUGGCGGACUGUCUCUGGUGGAUGACGACGACGACGAUGACCUUCGCGGCGUGUACACGCUGGACGACGGCGGCAGCUCGGCCGGACUGGACCCGCAGGAGGCGGCGUCCAUUGCACGCUCCUUUGAGGACGACAGCGAGGAGGAUCCUGGCGACCUGCAGCUCGGCUUUCACCCGACCAUGAUGGACAACUAGACCAGCCGGCUACACUUCUCGUGACCAUGGGAAGCUGUAUUUGCGUGCUCUCCUCCUUUUAGUCUUGGUGAUUUUUGUAAGUAACCGACCAGCGGCGUAAUCACGGUGACCACUAUGUGACAUGGCCGUUCCUUGCCUAGGCCAGUCAUGGUGUGUCGCCCCCUGUUCUCUGCGGCCAGUCAUGGUGUGUCAUCCCCUGUUCUUUGCUACCUACCAUGGUCGCUGCGGCCAGUCCGCAUGUAGUGUGUGGACUCGUUGCUGUGCCGUGUGCCUUUGCAGCUGUUUCUUUUGUGCAGAGUUGCCUAGCAGCUUGGUGUUGAGUCGGGGUCGUUCGCGUCACCCGUGCGGCGUGGCCGCUGCCUUGAAUUCGUGACAGCUGCAGCUGUUGCAGCCAGCCAGGCACCUCAUCUGGAUUUCUAGUCCAGCUUUAUCCCUGCGGUGCUGCCAGCGUGCUGUUUCUACUAGUAGCCUUUGCAGUGUUGAUCCUGCAACUCUGUAAUGUUGACCACUCACGGACAGUGAACAGUCAUAUCUGCGAGCGCACUCUACAGGCUGCAUGCCGGGGCUAUUUUGUUUUCGAGUCUUUCCCGGACGCUGCCGAGCAGACAAGCGGGCGCCUGCGUGUGUCAUCUAGCGUCGGCAUGGGUUGAUAUCUUCAGGUGCGUGCCCCGUAUGGGUUCCUGGGUGCCCGGAACCCCCCUUUUUUUUUCGCUCAAAAUGCAGGAUAUUGCUUCAUUUUUUGAAAAAUUUCCCGGGGGGCAGCCCCCCGGAACCCCCCUUGAAGGGCACCGCCGCACGCGCCUGGACUCUUAUACACGCCGUACGUAUUCAACGGUGUAUUCACAAUGCUAGGUUUGCUUUUUAGGCUUUUAUCACGUUGGCUAUAGCUCCAUGCACUA